AUGGCCCAGAAGAAGUCCAACGCUAUCAACUAUCCCUUCGGCGCGGGAACCUACGAUGCCGACUCGACCACCGACAGCAACGCCAUGGUGGCCUACAACAACCAACAGCAGGGAAUCGGCUACCGCGCCAUUACCGUCAGCAGCACCUCCUCCAUGACAAUCUCCUGGUCGUUCACGCCGCCAGCCCGCGGCGGCGAGCCUCCGAUCACCUCCUCCUGGACGUCGCCCAGGUUCGACUGGAACUGGAGCGCCUGGUACGCCAUCCAGCCCGUCAACGCUGGCGACAACGAGUCGGGCGGCGGCGUCCAGUUCCCAGUUGCGGUCGGCGAGGGCACCUCGUGGGGCUUGGUCAAGCCGACGUACAAGAUGUUCGUCGAGACCCUGCUGGCGCCCGUCAUCAAGGCGCUCCCGGGCGCGUUUCGCUCAAAGUUCCAGUCCCUCUCUGCCCUCGGCAGCUUCGUCUUUCCCGGAGGCGGCACCUUCACGUUCCAGAAUCCGGCCGUGAACAAUGCGUUUGCACUGUAUACUACCAUUCAGUACCAGAACCCGAACUGA